GCACAUUACGGUAAAGGCAGCUCACCGGAGUCGCUCUUCGUAGAAACCAGUGAACUCUACGUCCUUUUCCUGAGAAAGCAUCUCAUUCAGAAGAAAAAACAUGGCUACGGAGUGUAUACCAGCUGCUAUUGAAGAUCUGGAGGGCAAAAAGGACCCGGUCAUUGAAGACCCAGAACACAACGUCUACACUAGAUUUAUGAAAUCACACCAUUGUUACGACCUUGUGCCCACGAGCUCCAAGCUAGUUGUUUUUGAUACGUCACUUCAGGUCAAAAAAGCUUUCUUCGCGCUGGUUUCAAAUGGAGUGAGAGCGGCACCACUUUGGGACAGUAAGAAACAGUGCUUUGUUGGUAUGCUCACAAUCACAGACUUUAUCAACAUACUCCAUCGCUACUACAAGUCUCCACUGGUUCAAAUUUAUGAGUUGGAAGAACAUAAAAUUGAAACGUGGAGAGAGGUGUAUCUCCAAGACUCUUUCAAGCCGUUGGUUAGCAUAUCUCCAAACGAAAGUUUGUAUGACGCAGUCUCGUCUCUUCUGAAGAAUAAGAUCCACAGAUUACCUGUGAUCGACCCAUCGACUGGAAACACACUUUAUAUUCUCACACACAAAAGGAUCCUUAAGUUCCUCAAACUUUUUAUAGCAGAGAUGCCCAAACCGUCGUUUUUAGCCAAAACUUUAGAAGAGUUAAACAUCGGGACGUUUCAUAAAAUUGCGGUGGUACGUUCGGACACGCCUCUGUACACUGCACUCGGGAUCUUUGUGGAACAGCGAGUCUCGGCUCUCCCCGUCGUCGAUGAGAAAGGACGAGUGGUGGACAUUUACUCAAAGUUUGAUGUUAUAAAUCUGGCAGCAGAGAAGACAUAUAAUAACUUGGACAUCACGGUGACCAAAGCACUGCAGCACCGGUCGCAGUAUUUUGAGGGAGUUCUGACGUGUAACAGACAUGAGACUCUGGAGGCCAUCAUCAACAGACUAGUGGAGGCAGAGGUUCAUCGGUUGGUGGUGGUGGAUGAACAGGAGGUGGUGAAGGGAAUCGUGUCUCUGUCUGACAUCCUCCAGGCGCUAGUGCUCACAAACAAAGACCAAGAAAAUGCAUGAGGCCUAUUCGAAAGAGGACAUCACUGUUUUUUAAGGACUGAAAGGGAACUGACAAGAUGUUAAUAGGACUUUUAAACAUUUUAAUAUAGGUAAAAUAAUACAGACUAUGAAUUGUAUUUUAGUCACCAUUUCAGGGACAUGAAAUAUAUGUAGCCAUUUAAACAAUUUUGUCCCCUCAUUUGUACAAGUCUGAAAUAUCAAAAUCUAUCUCAGGCAUGCUAUCUCAACAAUAGCAUAUCUGUUUUUUCUUUAGUUUAAAAUGGUGCUGGAGGACAAGUCAGAAUCCUAUGGUGGAGUUUGCCGUUCAACUGUCUGAUUGGUCAUAUAUAUAUAUAAUAUCUCUGUAAUUACUGGGUCUAUCCACAUGAAACAACAACUGGUACAAAGUUGAGUGUCUUUUCUAUCAGUAUAAAUACACAAAAGUGAUUUUUUUUUUCACAGCUUCAGAAAGUGGUGGGUUAUUUAACACUAAAGGCAUGAUUGUUGUCAGUUGAAAGGACAUUAAACUAUGAGAUUAAUCUAGCAAGUUUGUGAAGCCAAUCCCUAACACGUAAUGAUAUGGUUCAACAUGUGUGGAUUGCAAGCUUAGACAUUUCUUUCAAAAAAUAGUGAUGCCCCCACAGAGUUUUAUAAACCCCCCAGCCCUCCAUCUGAAAAUAUGACAUCCAAUUCUAAUGUGAACUCAACCUAUUCAUGAUUUUUAAUGGCAGAUGGGAUCCAGGACUAAUCUCUUUUAGGUUUUAUAAUGAUAAAAUUAAAUACAAUGUAAGUGGUGCACAAAUACUUGUUUGUGCCUCUAUAUCACAGUUACAUCAGCACAUUUACUUAAACAGGCCGCAGACGUAGACAAACGCUUUACGCAUUAGGUUAGAUUCAGUACAAACUGUGAAAUAUAAAGUAUAAUGCAAGAUCAAAUUUGUAUUAACAUUAGAUUUUUACUUUAUAAUAACGUUACAUACCAUUAAAUGAUUGAAAUGUGCAGAUAUUUUGUAUAAUAUUUGGAUUUUAAAAUAAAUAGGUUUUGUUUGUUUCUGAAAUGUUUUUAUUGAUGGAAACUAUUUUUGCACCUUACACAGAGGAGAAAGUCAGUUGUUUUAAAGGUCCUAUAUUACACAAAAUUGACUCUUGUGAGCUUUAAGCGUGUUAUAAUGCUGUUACCUCCUCAAAAACAGACCAGGAGUCGUGUUUUGUUUCAUUCACAGAUGUUUAAUUAGCCCUAUAUUAUUAGUCUUUCUACAUCUGCAAAGCUCAAAAUGCUCUGUUCCACUUUGUGAUUCCAUGACGUAGUACUUUUCUAGUUAACAGCUAACUUUUACAUUUUGUUUAGUAGAGAUUGGCAAUUCCAGAGCUGACAUUGUCCAAAUGAUUCAAGUGAAGGUGUUUGGAGUUUAAACACACAGUGGAGCACUUCCUGUAUUACCACAUGACAUCAUAAGGUGGAACAUUGUUUUCAACUGAGAGAGAAACACAGUCUAAAUAUGCAGGAUUUGUGUUACACUAACACAACUCCAGGUAUGUUGGUGAUGUUGGACAUUAUAACAUACACCAGAAAAUAAUGUAAUAUGGGCCCUUUAAGAUCAGUCCACUUAUUCUUCUCAUCUCAUCAUGGGACCUGAAAAUUUAAACCUCAAAAAUCUGCAAAAAAAAAAGUGCUACAGUUUGUUUUUACAAUGUUAUAACCUCAUUUCUAACAGCACUGAUCAUCUCCAUACACUCUUUAGUUUUGAGUUUUUGCUGUUCUUACAAUUGUAGAUUUUAAUUUAUAACUUUGUUUUCACCAAAGACACGACCACACUGUUAUAAGUAAUACUGACGUAAGGAAAAUUACAGUGCGCAUCGAGUUUACUUUAAAUUUUAAUUCCUAUCAACAUUUGUAGCAGUCUUCUGUUCUGAGAAAUGUGAGUGUUGUUUUUAACCUGCUUUUAAACUUGUAAUCCAGUGUGAAAGAUGUGAGUGUUUUGUACUAAUGACUUUGUAACUCAAGUAAUGAGCAAUAAAAGGUUCU